AUGGCUCAUGCCAAGAGACUCAUCGGUAGGAAAUUUGAUGACCCUUCCAUUCAGCAUGACUUGAAGCAUUGGCCCUUCACUGUUUUUAGUGAUGGCGGAAAGCCCAAGAUUCGGGUUGCAUACAAGGGGGAGACCAAAACUUUCUAUCCUGAGGAGAUAAGUUCCAUGGUGCUCUCGAAGAUGAAGGAAACUGCUGAAGCAUAUCUUGGAAGAACGGUGACUGAUGCCGUCGUGACAGUGCCUGCCUGCUUUAAUGGCUCUCAGCGACAGGCUACCAAGGAUGCAGGGACCAUUGCGGGAUUGAACGUGCUACGCAUCAUGAACGAGUCCACCGCUGCUGCCAUUGCUUACGGUCUCGAUGAGAAAGAAGGAGAGCGCAAUGUCCUCAUCUUUGAUCUCGGCGGUGGUGCAUUUAACAUCUCCAUACUGGCCCUUGAAGAUGGAAUCUUUGAAGUGAAAUCCACCGUUGGUCAUCCUCACCUAGGUGGUGAAGACUUCGACAAUCGAAUGGUCGACCACUUUGUUCAGGAAUUCAAGCGGAAGUUCAAGAAAGACAUGAGCCAGAACAAGCAAGCUCUAAGUCGUCUGCGCAGGGCUUGUGAACGCGCUAAGUGCGCUCUGUCUUCAUCUAUUCAGACUACUAUUGAACUUGAUUCAUUUUUCGAGGGCACUGACUUCUUCACUUCCAUCACUCGUGCCUGCUUCGAAGAGAUCAAUGCUGAUCUCUUCCGCUCCACAAUGGAACCAGUUGAGAUAGCUCUCCGAGAUGCCAAGCUGGAUAAGUCAUCCAUUCACGAGAUCGUCCUCGUCGGUGGCUCGACUCGCAUUCCAAAAAUCCAGUCGUUCUUGGUGAAUUUCUUCAAAGGCAAGGAAGUAAAAAAAAGCAUCAAUCCUGAUGAAGCUGUGGCCUAUGGUGCUGCCAUUCAAGCAGCCAUCUUGCAUGGAGACAAGAAUGAGAAAGUACAGGAUGUUCUACUGGUAGACGUGACUCCAUUGUCUCUGGGGAUUUUGGGAGAUGGAGGAGUGAUGACCACUCUCAUCAAGCGCAGCACCAAAAUCCCCUAUUGGCAGGCCAAGACUUUUACUACUCAUUAUGAUAACCAACCUUCUUUGUUUAUUGAAAUAUACGAGGGGGAGCGUUUCAUGGCCAAAGACAACCAUCUACUAGGGAGAUUCGAACUGUCUGGCAUCCCGCCAGCUCGACAAGGGGUCCCACAGAUCGAGGUGACCUUCGGCAUUAAUGCCAAUGGGAUCCUCAAAGUGUCUGCCAUGGACAAGUCCACUGGCCGAGAGAAGCAGAUCACCAUCGCCAAGAACGAAGGGGGAUUGAGCGAAGAGGAGAUCGAGAGAAUGGUGAAGGAUGCCGAGAAAUAUAAAGAGGAGGACGAUGCUCAAAGGGGUCGUGUAGCAGCCAUGAACUCGUUCGAGUCCUUUGUCUUUAGUAUGAAGGACAUCGUGGAGGAUGAGGAGAUGGAUAAUAUCCUCAAAUGGUACAAGUACACCAUACUCCUCAAGUACAACGAAAGCCUGAAAUGGCUAGAUGGGAAUCAGAUGGCAGAAGAGGAAGAGUUUAAGCACAAACGAACGGAAGUUGAACGGCUAUGUAAUCCCAUUCUCACCAUCAUGAAGAUGUACCAGGAGGCAACAGGCACUGGGGUUGCUGUAAUCAUCAGGCGAAAAGAGGCAGCCUCUUGA